AAAAAACAAAAUAAAAGGGAAGAAAAAAGAAAUCAUCACUUCUGUUCGUGGAUACCAUUUCUUCAGAAAUUCAUUUUUCGUAUUUGUAAAUUAAUCGAAGAUUCGGAAAUGGCAGCUAUGAAGUUCACAGGUAGUACAAUGAUGCUCGCUCGCUCGAUAUUCCGACCCACACUUCAUCCCCAAAUACCUCUCCGUUUAUUCCGGACGAAUCUGCCGCCGGUCACCGGUUUUGGUGCUUUCCGGUGCGCGGCGACUAAAUCCGGCGGCCAGGAGAAGAAGUCUCCGGCGCGGCUUGCGGAGGUUCAGCGGCUCUUGUAUCAGGCCGAGGAGCGCUACAAAGCUGCUGGAGGUGGCGUCGAGCCGAUUCCCAAAAUAACGCUAGAACAUGUUACCAUAGGCUAUGCAAGGAGUGGUGGGCCCGGGGGCCAGAAUGUCAACAAAGUAAACACCAAGGUGGACAUGCGGUUUAAUGUAAAAAAUGCCGAUUGGUUAAACGAAAGAGUGAGAGAGCGAAUCAUGCAAAUGGUGAGAUAAU